AUGGCUACACAGCAACACAGUUACUCAGCUACACGGCUACACAGCAACACAGCUACUCAGCUACACAGCAACACAGGUAAACAGCUACACAGCACCACAGCUACACAGCUACACAUUAACACAGCUACACAUUCACACAGCCACCCAUCUACACAGCUACACAGCAACACAGCUACACAGCUACUCAGCUACACAGCUACACAGCAAUGCAGCUACAGAUCUACACAGCACACAACAACACAGCUAAAUGGCUACACAGCUGCACAGCAACACACCAACCAAGCUACUCAGCUACACAGCUACACAGCAACAGAGCUACACAUCUACACAGCAACACAGCUACUCAGCAACACAGAAACACAGCUACACAGACAAACAGCAACACAGCUACAGAGCUACACAGCCACACAGCUACACAGCCACACAACCACACAGCCACACUACUACACAGCUAAACAGCUACACAGCCACACGGCCACAUGGCAACACAGCAUCACAGUUACUCAGCUACACAGCUACACAGCUACGCAGCAACACAGCUAA